UCUCAUCGAAGCAUUUUCCGAUGCUAAAAAGCGAAACACUGAUUGGUAAACAAACAAAUCAUAGCCUUCCCCACCCACCGUCCUUCUCAAAAUUCUACAUUUCAAUUCGUGAAAUUUGUUCAUAGAUCUGAUUUUCAGUGAACAGAUCAAUCCAAAGCUGCAGCAGCAGUAGCAGCAUAGUUGUCCCCACUCAAAAUUUUUCCUUCUGCAGCUGGAGUUUUUAAUCAGAAAUGGCUGCAGUUUCAGUACAUAAAUUUGCUGAUUGCGUUACUUGCCAUGCUUGGAGCCCUGACCAAUCCAUGAUUGCGCUUUGUCCAAACAAUGAUGAGGUGCAUAUCUAUAGAAGAUCUGAGGAGGAGAAGUGGGAAAGGAUCCAUGUCCUUCAGAAGCAUGAUCAGAUCGUUUCUGGGAUUGAUUGGAGUUCAAGGUCAAACAAGAUAGUUACUGUAUCUCAUGAUCGGAAUUCAUAUGUUUGGAACCAAGAAACAACAGAAUGGGUGCCCACUCUUGUUAUCCUUAGGUUAAAUCGUGCUGCACUUUGUGUGCAGUGGAGUCCAAAAGAGAAUAAGUUUGCUGUUGGAAGUGGGGCUAAAACUGUUUGUGUGUGCUACUAUGAGCAGGAGAAUAACUGGUGGGUUAGUAAGCUUAUCAGGAAGAAGCAUGAUUCAUCCGUUACUAGUGUUGCCUGGCACCCCAAUAAUAUAUUCCUUGCAACCACAUCUACUGAUGGAAAAUGCCGAGUAUUUUCUACUUUCAUUAAAGGCGUUGACACAAGGGAAGCGGGUUCAGGUCCUCCUUCAGAUUCUAAAUUUGGAGAGCAAAUUGUUCAACUUGAUCUCUCAUUUUGCUGGGCUUUUGGUGUCAAAUGGUCCCCAAGUGGCAAUACUUUAGCCUAUGUAGGUCACAACUCAAUGAUCUACUUUGUUGAUGAUGUUGGACCCUCUCCUUUAGCUCAAAGUGUUGCACUCCGUGAUUUGCCUCUUCGUGAUGUUUUGUAUCUUUCUGAAAGAGUGCUGAUUGGUGUGGGGUUUGAUUGCAAUCCAAUGGUUUUUGUAGCAGAUGAAAGUGGUCUAUGGGGUUUUCUGAGGUUCCUUGGUGAAAGAAAAGCAGCAGCUUCAAGUGCAAAAUCUGGUUCACAGUUUUCUGAAGCAUUUGGAAAACUCUACGGCCAAUCAAGAUAUGGAAUUAGCAACAAUAGUGUUCAACCUUCAAGGCUGCAUGGUGGCAUUCAUGAAAACUGCAUCAAUUGUAUUGUACCAUUAAAUAGGAAAGUGGGUUCAAAAGUAACCAGGUUUAGCACCUCAGGGUUGGAUGGAAGAGUAGUCAUUUGGGAUUUGCAGAACCAAGAAGAUUUAUUAGACUAUUUAUGAGUCUUGGAUUUUAGUCCAACCACAUUGAUAUGGCGAUCAGCAAUGAGGGGUCAUAUUCCUCUAUUGGCGGGUUCACAUUACAGAGCAAUUCGAGUAGUUAUUCUAGAUUCUAAUGCCUUGUUACAAGAAAUAGUAUCUUAUUAUAUGGUAGCUUCUUCAAUGUGUUAAUCUCCAUGCUGGCUGGAAACAGUGAUGUAUUGCUGUUGCUCAUAGCUUAUGUAAGGUAGUGAUUUAUUCUUCAAUCAGAAUUUUAUGAAGAAUAUUGCAAAAUUUCUAGCUAUUUCCACUUUUGAUGCGGUUAAGUUUUCUUUUGAAAUAUACAAGAAUGAGAUUCCUGCUU